AGUUAUGAAGGGGAGGCUGAUUUUCCUCCUCUUGAUGGUCUUGAUUUUCAGCGUUCAAGGUCGAGAACAAUAUUCCAAUUCCAUCGUAUUGGAGCUAACACAUAGGCAUGCCCCUCAGCUCAACACCAGGACUAAAACUCAGGACCAACGCCUCAAGGACCUUCUUCACCAUGACUUUAUCCGCCACAAUAUCAUCUCCCACAAAUGGCGCCAAGGCCUUCAACCAAGAGCCAGAACCAGAAGAGUCCAAGCCUGGGAGCAGACACCCAUCACAACAGCAACAACAAGCAAUUUCACUGCUGCCAUUGAAAUGCCACUUGGCUCAGGUAGAGAUAUGGGAAUAGGCCAGUACAUUACAUCGGUUAAAGUUGGGACGCCAUCGCAGAAAUUUAGGUUGAUCGUCGACACAGGGAGCGAUUUAACAUGGAUCAAUUGCAGAUAUCGUUGCGCCCGAAGUGAUAAUUGUCCCAAAAAGGGGAGGAUAAAGGGAAGGAGGGUGUUUCAUGCUCAUUUAUCUUCUUCCUUUAGGCCAGUUCCUUGCUUUUCACAGAUGUGUAUGGUUGAGCUUAUGAAUCUUUUCUCUCUUACAACCUGCCCUACUCCACUUACUCCUUGCGCCUAUGAUUACAGGUAUAUAGAUGGGUCUGCUGCAAUGGGCGUCUUUGCUAACGAGACCGUCACUGUCAGCCUCACCAAUGGUAGGAAAAGGAGACUACAUAAUGUGCUAAUUGGGUGCAGUGACUCUUUCCAGAGCCCAACUUUGCAAAAUGUUGAUGGUGUGAUAGGGUUGGCUAAUAGCAAGUAUUCCUUUGCAACAAAUGCUGCGGAAAAAUUGGGUGGAAAGUUCUCUUAUUGUCUGGUUGAUCACUUAAGCCACAUAAAUGGCUCCAAUUAUCUCAUCUUCGGUACAAAUCAUAACCAAGUAAUGGUGACGGGCAAUACCCACUAUACCAGGCUAGAGCUCAAUUUGGUCAGUUCAUUCUAUGCUGUAAAUGUCAUGGGAAUCUCCAUUGGUGGCAAAAUGUUGGAUAUACCAUUUCAAGUAUGGGACACAACCAAGGGGGGUGGAACAAUCCUUGACUCCGGCACCAGCCUGACAGUCCUAACUGAUCCAGCAUACCAGCCAGUGAUGGAAGCAAUCAAGAUGUCAGUUUCGAAAUACCAAAAAGUGAAGUUGGAUGGGGUACCAAUGGAUUAUUGUUUCAACUCUACUGGUUUUGAUGAUACUUUGGUACCAAAAUUGAUUAUUCACUUUGCCGAUGGAGCUCGGUUUGAGCCUCACCGGAAGAGCUAUGUCAUUGCUGCUGCUGACGGAGUUAGGUGUCUUGGAUUUUUGCCAGCACGUUUUCCUGGAACAUCUGUUAUUGGAAAUAUUAUGCAACAAAACUACUUAUGGGAAUUUGAUUUGGAAGGGAACAAAUUGGGUUUCGCUCCAUCAGCUUGCAGUACUAGCUAG